CGCAAAUCAACGUGCUGGUUACCAAACAGUAAAGCAGACCUCUCAGUAAAACAAGCGGAAUUGUUACAGUUUUUUUAAGCACAAUUAAGCGAUGGCUCAUACUUGUAUUCACUGGUUCCGCAAGGGACUCAGGCUGCAUGACAACCCAGCACUGAUGGCUGCUCUGAGGGACUGUAAGGAGCUGUACCCUGUGUUCAUCCUGGACCCUUCCCUCCAUAAUAACACCUGUGUGGGUAUCAAUCGCUGGAGGUUCCUCGUCGGAGCCCUCAAAGACCUGGACUGCAGCCUCAGGAAACUCAACUCCAGGCUGUUUGUUGUGAGAGGGAAGCCCGAGGAAGUGUUCCCCGAGCUGUUCCACAUGUGGAAAGUCACAAAGUUGACCUAUGAGUACGACACAGAGCCCUACAGUCUUAGCCGGGACAAAACGGUGACCACACUGGCCAAAGAGCACGGAGUCGACGUCAUCUACAAAAUCUCACACACUCUUUAUGAUAUAGACCGGAUAAUUGAGGAAAACAACGGGAAUGCUCCCCUUACUUAUAACCGUAUGCGGGCUAUAUUGAAGACUCUUGGUUCCCCUAAGAAGCCCAUCCCUGCUCCAGCCAUGGAAGAUACGAAAGAUGUGAAGACGCCUUGUUCAGACAACCAUGAGAAGAGAUACGGGAUCCCUACGCUGCAGGAGCUCGGCCAGGACGCUGCGGCUCUUGGAGAGGAGCAGUUCCCCGGAGGAGAACAGGAGGCUCUGAGGAGACUCGAUGAACACAUGAAAAGAACGGGUUGGGUGUGUAGCUUUGAGAAGCCGCAGACUUCUCCAAACUCUCUGAGCCCCAGCACCACGGUCCUCAGUCCUUAUGUCACAUUCGGCUGCCUGUCUGCACGCACCUUCUGGUGGAGGCUGACGGACGUCUAUCAGGGGAAGAAGCACUCCGAUCCUCCAGUGUCCCUGCACGGCCAGCUGCUGUGGAGAGAGUUCUUCUACACCGCUAGUGUGGGUAUCCCUAGCUUUGACAAGAUGGAGGGCAACCCUGUAUGUACGCAGGUGGAUUGGGACACAAACCCAGAGUUUCUGGCUGCAUGGAGAGAGGCUCGGACUGGUUUCCCCUUCAUCGACGCCAUCAUGACUCAGCUGAGGCAGGAGGGCUGGAUCCACCAUCUCGCCAGACAUGCUGUUGCUUGUUUUCUCACCAGGGGAGACCUGUGGAUCAGCUGGGAAGAAGGACAGAAGGUGUUCGAGGAGCUUUUAUUGGAUGGCGACUGGGCUCUGAACGCUGGAAACUGGCAGUGGCUCUCAGCCAGUGCCUUCUUCCACCAGUUCUUCAGGGUCUACUCCCCGGUCGCAUUUGGCAAGAAGACAGACAAAAAUGGAGACUACAUCAAAAAGUACCUUCCUCUUCUGAAGAAGUUCCCAGCCCAGUACAUCUAUGAGCCUUGGAAAGCUCCCCGCAGUGUCCAGCAGGCAGCAGGAUGCAUUGUGGGUAAAGACUACCCACGUCCCAUUGCACAGCAUGAAGUGAUCAGCAAGACGAACAUCCAGAGGAUGAAGUUAGCUUAUGCCAAGAGGUCCGCAGACCCUGCUGAAUCACCAAAGAAACCCCCCAGCAAGAAGCAAGGUGUAAAACGAAAGGCUCCAUCUGUCGUUGACAUGCUGACGAAGAAAGACAAAAGAAAGUAAUGGUACAUAAUUUAAUGGUAAGUAAUAGAGUUAUAUGUAAUCUAGGACUGUUCAUUAAACAUCACUAAGUGUAUACAUAUAUAUAUAUAUAUAUAUAUAUACACACGGGUUUAAUGCAAUGUCUAGACAAGAAGCUAAAGAGGUUUGUCUUUCUUUAUGUAUGCACUGUGUCUACUUCUUUUUUUAUUGGUUACUAGUUUACCUUUUUAUACUGUAUCUAUUUCAGUGUUUAAAAGUGAGUGUUAGGUUAUGCUUGAAGAAUGUGUCCCUGCAUGGAGAUUAAGUUCAAAUGCAUAAAGAUUUAUGGCCUCAUCUUAUACGAGGGCUACAGUUUGUAUCGAGGUUGUGUCUGUGUCACAAGUCGGCCUUACUGUUGCACGCUACUCCUUUAAAUGUUUAAUUAUUACUCUUUACAUUGUGUGUCCUCGGAUGUCAAUUAUCCAAUUCAAAUAAAUUCAUACAAAGAAUACUUCCAGAUUUCACAAGUGAGGUGAUGAUUUCAAUGCCCGAGUUAUCAGCGACAUAUUGUCAGUGUCUGUGGCUUUAUGUCCAUUCUCAGUAGUUUGUCCUGCAUUAUGGUGAAACAUAAAAUUGAAAGUGUAUCUUUUGUAUGUAAGAGUGAGCUCUCACUGUUCCCACUAGAGGACACUGUAAUCCCACCUGCAGAAAGAUCUUUCCCUUUGUUAUGAGGUUAUACUGUGCAGUAUAUAAAUAUAUAAAUAUCUUUUAUUGAGUGAAUUGAUCAAGUUUAAGCGACUAAAUCUCAGUUUUAUAAUAUUCAUUAAUACAUGUGUCAGUAUAAUGUAAAAAGUAUUAUCUUGUUAACACAUUUUAUGUUAACUGGGUGCUGAACAGGAACAAAAACAAUUAUACUAAACGCCUGUAAAAGUACCAAUAUCUUGCAUAAUUUAUAUCAUCUUGUUUUAUAUAUUAUCUCCUAUCAAUAAAGGUUUUGCCAUC